CCACUUUUCAGCCCAAAGAAUACGAUACAGUAUACUACGUUGCGUCGCUAAACGCUCGACACUGACUGGCCAUUCCUCACCUCCAAAGUUCCCAAAUCUAUUCUAAUAUCCUGAGAGCAAGAGUAGCAGAGUUGAGAAUUUGGCUCUGCCUCAUCUCUCUGACUUUGACUAAUGGGCUGUUGGUGGGAAGGUGUUGACGAAUGCCGUCUUUUAAUUGCUCCCGAUUUCUGCCCUUUCGUCACAGACCCUGGCGCUAACGGGGACGGUUCCGCUCGUUUACUAUCACUUCGUCACCCCAAAUCAGGAGUCAGGACAUCCUUUCUUUUGAGUAAUGGGUUGCUUCAAGAACUUCACUGGUUUAAGCAAUCUUAUGGGUCUUGGUUUUUGGGAAAUUACGUUUCUGAAGAUGGGAGCCUAUAUAUUGCUACUCCUAUUGAUCCUGUUUUCAUCAUGUUGCCUAUCUUUGAAGAAGCAAGAAUGAAGAAAGUGGAUGAUCCUGGAAAGUUUAGGCAAUUAGAUGAGAUACUCUUCAUUAAUGACUAUCCUGGAUAUCAACAUUUGUUCUCCAUUGCAGAGAACUGUAUGCAAGUUGUUUGUGAAAUCAAAGAAAUUGGAUCAUCAAAAUUUUUUAGGCUUGAUGACAUGAAGGUUUUAGUGUGGUUAUAUUACAAGGUUUGCCAGUUAAAACAGACUCUACCAGCAUUGGACAAAAACUAUGCCGCACGUGAACAGAAGGAUACAUUGGCUGAUGCUGUAUCAAUAUUGGGGGAGUACUUGAAGGAUGAGCCUUGGUUGAAGCUUUUGUGUAAUCAUUUUAAAUUGAAUUUACUGGAGGCAAAAAGAAUGGCAUCAGAUUUUGAAGUGUGUGCAACUGCCAUAGAAAGUCCUAUUGGUUCUAAUCUCUCACAGGGUAAGAAUACGAGGGAGAAAAAGACUGCAACAAAUGUAAAGCAAGCUAAAAAGGCUAAAGUAGAGACAGAAUCAAGGAACAUCAAAGAAAUGUUUACUAGGGCUUCACGAAGGAAGAAUUGAAGUUUUGCGUAUGCCAAAUGUGGGGGGAAAUGGGAUGGAGGAACGUUUAUUAAUCUUGUUGAAAUGCUUGUGUUAACUAUUCUCCUGUCAUCUCUUUCCUUACAUAUCCUGGUAGUGACUACUUCGGGUACUUUGGAUUUUAAUGUCGGUACAAACAAACUAACUAGAGAUAAAGCAGUUGUCUCUUUCUCUCUCUCUCUCUCUCUCUAUAGAAUGGCUUUAAUGCUUAAUUUUGAAGAGGUAAUCCGAAAGGUAGAAAAAUUUCUCCGCCUAAAUGAUUAAUU